AUGGCAUAUGUAUGCCAGGCCUCGCGCUAUGUCCUCUACUUGACCGGGCAGCACCCAGUCUUUCCUGCCGAUGUUCAUCUCGCGGAUGUCACACAUGUUGCAUUGGCAUUCAUGAAAUCCUCAUCGUUCAUCGGGAAGCGCCCUUCAACUUGGGAUCUUUUCACAUCAGUUGAAAGUGUCCGCGCCAAAUUUUCAAAAAACAAGAAGGUCGCUGUGAUGAUUGCAAUAGGCGGAUGGGGCGACACCAAUGGCUUCUCGGCGGCCGCAGCUUCGCAGAUGGGUAGGAAAGCGUUCGCUGACAAUGUCAAAGCUAUGCUUGAUUACACAGGUGCAGAUGGCAUUGACCUAGACUGGGAGUACCCUGGAGGAAACGGUGAAGACUACAAAAAGAUCACAAACUCCGAGAAGAGCUGGGAGGUCGGAGCGUAUCCAAAACUGCUUGCUGAAAUUCGAGCCGCCAUUGGACCAGACAAAAUUAUGUCUGCGGCAGUACCGGGAAAGCCAGUCGAUAUUCAAGUCGCAUUCACAAAGGAUACGCUUGCUGAUACAAUAAAACAUCUGGAUUUUGUCAACAUCAUGACGUACGAUCUGUUUAACAGACGAGACAAUGUUACCAUGCACCACACUGGCAUUGACAAUUCGUUGGUUGCUAUAGACACUUACCUUACGAAUGGUGUUCCUCCCGAGAAGGCGAACCUGGGCUUUGCAUUCUAUGUCAAGUGGUACAGAACAGAAGACGAUUGUCAAGAGCCAGUAGGGUGCAAGACUGUCUUGAUGGAAGACCCAAAGACCGGAAACGAUCUGGGUAAGAGCGGAUCCUUUUCAUGGCACGACAAGGUGCCGAAAGAUCUUGAGAAAUCUUUCCACACCGCGUUGGACAACCGAGUCUGGGACAACGAUGGAAAUUACUACUGGGAUGUGGAAGAGAAGAUUUUCUGGUCAUGGGACACGCCUGCGUCUAUGGCGGAAAAGUUUCCGAUCAUUGUCAAGUCCCGCAAGCUUGGGGGUGUCUUCGCAUGGGGUCUGGGGGAAGAUGCCGAUGCUUUCCUCCAUCUGAAGACUCUGAAUGCCCUCUAUAGAAAAUACCUCAAGCCCAAGCCGAAAAGUACUAGGACACCGAAAGACGAACUCUGA